GUCCGAUGAAGCCGCGUUUGUCCCCUGGCCCUAUGCAUCGAUUCACGGUGUCAACUUCUUAGUUCAUACCCGCAUUUUGCAUAAGGAUGGCCGGCUUUGGGAAGCUGCGCGUCGCUGUUAUCGGGGCCGGUGGUGCGGGACUCUGCGCGGCCCGCCAUCUCCUCUCUCGCCCGGACACUUUCGCGCCACCUGUGGUAUACGAGAUCACCAAGAGCAUUGGAGGAACGUGGGUCUAUGAGGAAAGAGUGGGGUGUUACGACAAUGGCUUACCGAUUCACAGCAGCAUGUACAGGGACCUCAGAACCAAUAUUCCCAAAGAGGUGAUGUCGUUCCCUGACUUUCCUUUCGCAAAGCAUCUCCCCUCUUUUGUCCAUCACACAGAGGUACGGAAGUACCUUGAGCAGUACUGUGAUCAUUUUCGCCUGUGGGACCACAUCAAGUUUGGCACCUCAGUGGCCUCAGUGACCCCAGUAGAUGUGAAGGGUGGGUGGAAUGGGUUGGCUUGGAAUGUCACCUCCAAUGAUGGCCUAGACCACAGCAAAUCCACUACAGAGCGAUUUGAUGCUGUUAUGGUGUGUAAUGGACAUUUCUAUGACUCCUACAUCCCUGCAAUACCUGGACUGGAAAAAUUCAAAGGGACGCUGAUGCACAGUCAUGAUUACCGUAGUGCUGAACCUUUGGCGGGAAAGUCAGUGGUGCUGCUCGGAGCGGGUCUCUCUGGACUUGAUAUUGCCAUGGAGCUCUCCAGUGUUAAUGCUAAGGUGAUCCUGAGUCAUGGACAGCGGCCUUUGACCUGCUCCCUUCCUCCAGGAGUCCAGCAGGCUCCUCCAGUAACCUCUGUACUGGAUGAUGGGACUCUAGAGUUCAAGGACGGGGAGAGGGCCAAGCCAGAGGUGUUCCUGUUUUGUACAGGCUACAACUUCACCUUCCCAUUCCUGGACGAGAAAGUGGGUGUAAAAGUGCAGGAGCACCUCGUCUGGCCUCUCUAUAAGUUCCUAAUACCUCCGGCCUACCCAUCACUCUUUAUAGUGGGCAUCUGCAGAGCUAUAUGCCCCUUCCCACAUUUCCAUAUUCAGUCUCAGUUUGUCCUGUCAGUGUUGGAUGGUUCUUUCCCCCUGCCUUCACGUGAGGAAAUGGAGAAUGAUAUUGAGUUGGACAUUGCCGCCCGUCGUGCCCGUGGGAUUGCCAACCGCCAUAUCCUUAAACUGGAUUCUGAGCAGUGGGCCUAUAAUGACGAGCUCGCCCGCCUGGGGGGAUUCCAACCCCUCCCAUGCUAUUGGAGCAACCUGUACGAAUCCAACAAGGUGUUCCGUGCCCGAGACAUGCUCAAUUACAAGACCUACAACUACACUGUCCUCGAAAACAUGGACUGGAAGGUGCACGAUUUGCAUGGCCAGCAGCUGCAGAAGCCUCUGGCUGUUAAAAAACAAAUGUAAGCUGUGAUCGAAAAAUAUACCAUCAUUCAGGUGCUAAUAGGCAUAUGCCAGUGUAGCAAGUAAAAUUAGGAUAUUAACAACUUGUUCAAUAUUUUAACUAAUGUUUAUCAAUUAUUUUAUAAAAAAAUCUAACCAUACUUUUAUUUUUAUGAGCCAAAAUAUCUUCAGUUUCUAAUCUUGUUGAUUGUAAUAAGCUACUUUUAAAAUAAUAAACCAUAAUUGAUCUUAAACAAUAUGCACUUAUAGCAUGUUAAAAUAAUUCAUGUCAUCAUCUAAAAAGCAUGUAAUCAAGAACAGAGAUCCCCAACCCCAAGGAAUGCUUAUAGAUGCACCCAAAAAAAUAAAAUAAAAUUGUUGUAUGUGAAUUAUGUCAUUCCAAACAUGUAUGACUUUUUUGUGGAAACAUAAAAGUAUAUAUUUUGAGAAAUAUCUGUUUGUUUGUUUUUUGUCCACACAAUGGAAGUUAAGUCAUCUUAACUCUUUGGUUACCAACAUUAUUUAAAAUAUAUUUUUCAAAAUAAAACUUCCUUUGUGUUCCACCGGAGAAAAUACAGAUUUGUAAUGACAUAAGUAAAUGAUGACAGAAUUUUCAUUUUUGGGUGAACUGUCCUUUUAAGCAGGUUCCAGGGGAUACUUGGAAAGAUUUGAUGCAUGUUGUUUGGAUUGUGAUUAGUGAUAUUGGGCUAUA